AUGGAGAACCUCACCACUCAAACUAGUCGCAUCACCAUGGACUCUACCCAGUCUAAUGCACCCAAAAUCAACCUUCCUUUUAUGCCAUCCAUGCUCAACUACUUGGAUAAGACCUAUAGUUCGCUGACUACCAUGGCCGGACCCAACUUUCUGACCGACGUUCAACAUGAACCCAAGGGACAGUCAGAUACGGAUCCACUGGCCACUAUAGCUGGGUUCUACGAGUAUAUGGCUAGCCCAGAGGGUUCGGCCAUGCGACCUGCCAGUCCACCAGACCUCUCGGCACCCAUUACGGACUAUUUUAUCUCCACCAGUCACAAUACAUACUUGACUGGUAACCAGCUGUAUAGUGAUUCAAGCUCAAGUGCCUAUACGAAUGUUCUGCUUAGUGGGUGCAGAUCGGUGGAAAUCGAUGUCUGGGAUGGAAAAGCAGAGUCCGACGUACAAACCAGCGAUACAAGCAGUGACUCCUCCAAUGAUGACAAGAAUAUCUGUAAGCCCCGUCGAUCGAAAACAGAACGGUUGAAGAAGGCAACGGAAAGUCAUCGUCAUCUGCGCGCCCUUUCCCAAGAGUUUGGCAAGCUUGAAGGCUUUCUGCAUCAUAAGCCGUCAGUUAGCAAGCAUGACGGCAAGGCAGAUUCCAUCAGUGUGCCUGGACGUCCAGAGCCGCGGGUAUUGCAUGGCCACACACUGACCAAGGAGACAAGCUUCCGGGAAGUCUGCUAUGCCAUUCGGGACAGUGCAUUUGUUACGAGCGAUCUCCCGGUGAUUGUGAGUCUGGAGGUUCAUACCUGCCUGGAGCAGCAGCAGAUCAUGGUGGAGAUUAUGGAGGAAGCAUGGAAUGGAAUGCUGAUCGAGGUGACACCGGAAAUCGAAGCCAGGAUGAGCCCACCCCCCCUCGCCGAUCUGAAGCGGAAGAUCUUGAUCAAGGUGAAGCACGUGGAUUCUGCAGAUGAAAACGAUGACCGCGAGGCAAAAGAAAAGGCGGUUUACUCCGCGCAUAUGCAAGCCUUGAAGAAGCAGCGUACACCGACGGCUCCCGACUUGUCCCCAGAGGCUGUCUCUCCAGCUCCCCACAAACCUUCGAAGAUAUUGCAGGCGCUCAGUAAAUUGGCGGUUUUUACCAAGGGGUUUCACUUUAGUAAUUUUGCACAGCCGGAAGCCAAGGUGCCCAGCCAUGUAUUCUCGCUGUCUGAAAAGGCGGUUCGAGAAGCACAUGCCAGUGACGGAAAUGCCCUGUUUGAGCACAACCGACACUUUUUCAUGCGGGUUUACCCGAACGGGCUACGUGUGGACUCGUCCAACAUGGACCCCAGCUUCUUUUGGCGACGGGGUGCGCAGAUGGUGGCUCUGAACUGGCAGAGUCUUGACAAAGCGAUGAUGCUGAAUGCAGGCAUGUUCGCGGGAGAGCAGGGCUGGGUGCUCAAGCCGCCGGGCUAUCGAAGCAGUGCAUCAGAGCCCGGGAUUAUACCUCCUCGACGACUGGAUCUGACUAUUGAGGUCCUUGCAGGACAGAACAUCCCGCUGCCGCCAGGACACACCAACGAGAAGAAGUUCUAUCCGUAUCUGACAUGUCUGCUGCACGUGGAGACACCGGAUGACAGUUUUGCAGCCGGUGAUGAUGACAGUGAUUCCGAAAAGACCGGGUAUAAGCACACGACGAAGAGCGUCACGGGGGUGAAUCCGGAUUUUGGCGGCGAAAAGCUGCUUUUUCCGACCGUGUCUGGUUUCCUGGACGAGUUGACAUUUGUCCGGUUUAAAAUCAAGGACAAUGAAUGGAUGCGCAAUGCGCUGGCCGCAUGGGCGUGCAUCCGACUGGAUCGGCUGCGGGAGGGUUAUCGAGUGAUUCAUUUGUAUGACGCGACGGGGAAGCCGACGGAGGGGGCUUUGUUGGUGCAUAUUACGAAAGCGUACAGCUGA